AUGGAGAUACACUCGGUGUGCACUACAUCCUCCAUCAUCGUCCUGCUAUUAUCGUUUUCCAGCUUCCUGAAGCCGUCCGCCGGCGCCGCCCCCAGUGCCCAGCUCGUGACGUGGAUGUGCAACAACGGCACGUACUACGCCCCCAACAGCACCUACCAGUCCAACGUCCGCAGCCUCCUCGCGUCCCUCGCCGCCAACGCCUCCCGCUCACUCUUCUCCGCCGGCGCCGUCGGCGCCAGCCCCGACACGGUGUGGGGCCUCGCGCUCUGCCGCGGCGACAACACCAACGGCACCGACUGCGCGUCUUCCUGCCUGGCCCUGGCGCCGGACGUGGCGUUCGGCAGGUGCAUGGGCGUUAAGGACGUGACCGUCUUCUACGACCGCUGCACCGUCCGCUUCUCCUUCCGGGACUUCCUGGCGAGCCGGGACAACGGGCAGGUGCAGACGUCAGCCAGCCAGGACACCGUCACCCGCGACGGCGACGCCCGCAGGUUCGACGCGCUGGUGGUGAGCUUCGUCGGCGCUCUCUCCGACUGGGCCGCGUUCAACACCACGUCGAGGUUCGCCACCGGCAUCAUGGUCUCCGACCAGGGUUUCCCGACCACCAGCAACGACGUGGUGCACAACAUCAACGGGCUCGUGCAGUGCACGCCGGACCAGGCGCCGGCCCAGUGCCGCGAGUGCCUCCAGGGGCUCAUCGACGAUAUGCCGGCGGUCUUCAACGGCAACGUUGGAGGUAAAGUCCUCGCCGUAUGGUGCUACCUCAGGUUCAAGACUAGCGAGUUCUUCGACGGCACCCCCAUGCUAAAGCUCGUCGCCCCGCAGCUCCAGCCACCUCCGUCUACAGACUUCACACCAGGAGGAAACGGAACAGGGUGGCGACAACAUGCAGCAACAGUGUCUGCCAUCAUUCUUGGCGCCGCAUUUAUCCUCGCGUGCAUUUCUAUGGUUCUCAUAUGGAGAAAUGCGAGAACACAAUUUGCUUACCAAGAAGAUGAUGGUCCCGCAUCACUUCUGUUUGACCUGCCAACGUUAAGGCAUGCAACCGACAAUUUUGCCGAAGAGAAUAAGCUCGGGCAUGGCGGCUUUGGCGCGGUAUACAAGGGGGUAUUACCUCAUGGACAGCAAAUAGCUGUAAAAAGAUUGGACAAAGCUUCAGUGCAAGGUCUAAAGGAGUUGCGAAACGAGCUGCUGUUGGUAGCCAAGCUCCGGCACAACAAUCUCACAAAACUUUUGGGCGUGUGCUUGAAGGGGGGUGAGAAGUUGCUUGUGUACGAGUACCUGCCCAAUCGAAGCCUAGACACCUUUCUUUUCGCACCUGAUAUUGAGAAGCGUCGGUUGUUGCGCUGGGAGACAAGGUAUCGUGUAAUCUAUGGCACAGCAAGAGGUCUUUUGUACCUUCAUGAGGACUCGCAGAUUAAGAUCAUACACCGUGAUCUCAAGGCCAGCAACGUCUUGCUCGACAGCCACAUGAAUCCCAAGAUCUCCGAUUUCGGCCUCGCGAAGCUCUUUGACAGGGACAGGCCGAAUACCAUCACGAGCCAAGUUGUCGGAACGCUAGGAUACAUGGCGCCGGAGUACGCAGUUCUGGGGCAUCUUUCAGUAAAGUUAGACGUGUACAGCUUCGGCGUCCUGGUUCUGGAGAUCGUUACAGGAAGGAAAAACACUGACGUGUUUGGAGAAUCAGCGGUCGAGCAGCCCAGCACCCUGCUCAGCUAUGUAUGGGAUCAGUGGCUGAAGGGAACGGCGCUGGAGACGAUGGACCCGUUGUUGGACUGCGAGGUCGCGGAGGAGAACGAGGCGCUCAAGUGCAUCCAUCUGGGCCUCCUAUGCGUGCAGGAGAACCCGGCGGACCGGCCGACGAUGCUGGACGUCCUCGUGAUGCUGCACGGCCAUGAAUCCAGCUUCGAGGCGCCGUCGAAGCCGGCCUUCACAUAUGCGUACGGGGACCAAAGCUCCCUUGACGACACCGUCUCCGGGUCAGACCGAAGAGCAGGCGAAGUUGUUUCGUCUGUCAACGGGAUGUCAGUUUCAGAGUUCCAGCCUAGAUAGAAAGAUGUGUGCAUCAUGCAUGGUCAGUUCCUGUGUAGCGCAGUGGACAGGCGCCGUGCAAUGGAGUGGAAGGAACGCGCGCUUCCCCGGCUUGCGCAGCCGAACUUCAAAUUCUCAACUCGUAUAACAGAAUAUAAAACUUAUUUCGAUU